AAGUUUGACAUUUCUUAAAAAUUCAGUCUCUGACGCUUAAGAAUUUUAUUCAAGGAUUCUGCAUUAAUGCUUUCGAUGUCCUAGCGGUAAGCAAUUAUGAAAAGUUGAAAGCAAAUGACUUCGCUUUCAGGAGCAGGAUUUCAUUUAUUGAUUACACGAUUGACCAUGAACAAAUCGAUGCUUUUAAAUCUUUAUAUUAUUUUGUUGAAAUUUCCUUUCAAAAAUGUCACUCCUGCCUGUAAAUUGAAGCAUCAAAUCUUGGGCGUUGCCCUAGAUAUUUUCUGAGAUUUAGAGACGAGAAAAAAAAAUUAUAGAUGUGCAAAAUAGUGCAUGAACGUUGAUUGGAGUUUGGACCGAAGAUUUGAGUAUCCUGUCAACGAUUUGAUCAAAUCUUCUAAUCUUCAGUCAACGCUUUUACCAUUGAGUACGAAGUAUAGUUACUCAAUGGUUUACAUAAUACAAGUGAAUUUCGAAUUCUGCCGCGCGGUGGAGUAAACGAGCAGCGGCACCUGUCGACGAUCAAUUAGCGCGGUUUGAACUCGCAGCCUUGAACGAAAUCGCGGUCGCUGCGUCGCGUCUGAAAUUCCAAUCGUUCCAAUGGCGAUUACUUUUCUUCAGUUCUCGCUGAGCAGGGUUUGAAGGGGCAUAACCAAUCGUUUACCAGAUUUCUCGUGUAUUCUCGGCGGUGAUUAGUUAACCCCGCUUCAACUUAGCUCGGCGAAAAUUUAGAAGAGAAACGUAGUCAUUCUUAGUGUCUGGUAGAUAUUUAUGUCAAAGACAGUAAUUCGUAUCCCUAUUCUAAUCAGAUAGUUCUAAUAACGUAAAACGACAAGAGGGUAAUCAGUUUGUUCGUUACGUUAACCAGUAUUCACACAUAACCCCGUGAAUAUGAUUUGCUCAAGAUCUGACUUGGAACAUCUAUGCAUUUUUCUCAAAUAAGAUAAAAUCAUUGCGAAUUUAAUCGAAUAAAUUACCCGCUUAUCAACUUUAUACAAUAUGGGACUUUUAUUCUCCAAAUUAUGGAGUCUAUUUGGCAACGAAGAACACAAAAUUGUGAUGGUUGGCCUGGACAAUGCAGGCAAAACCACAAUUUUAUAUCAGUUUUUAAUGAACGAGGUUGUUCAUACGUCUCCGACGAUUGGUUCCAACGUCGAAGAAGUUGUUUGGAAAAAUAUUCACUUUAUAAUGUGGGACCUGGGUGGUCAGCAGAGCCUGAGAGCCGCCUGGUCAACCUAUUACACGAAUACCGAAUUCAUUAUUAUGGUUAUCGAUAGUACCGACCGAGAACGGUUGAGCGUAACAAGAGAAGAGUUGUAUUCCAUGCUCAAUCAUGAGGAAUUGAGCAAAGCCAACGUUCUUGUUUACGCCAACAAACAGGACCUGAAGGAAAGCAUGAGUGCUGCUGAAAUUUCAAGACAAUUAGAUCUAACUUCAAUUAAAAAACAUCAGUGGCAUAUACAAACAUGUUGUGCUCUCACAGGAGAAGGGCUCUAUCAGGGAUUGGAGUGGAUCGUUGGGAGACUAAAGAAGACAUGACCCAAAUCUUAAAAACCACUGUUUUAAGCUGCCUUUGUCAAAAGAAUAUCUUAUAUGUGAAAUAUGCAAGUGGUUUAGGUAUCGUACCACUUUGAUGGCUGUACAAAAUAGGAAAUAAGAUCGAGUUUGGCUGUAUCUGCCGCCUUACUGGAGACUACGUACGCAGUAUAGUUGUCAAAGUGUUUUUAAAUAAGCUGAUAACGAGACGGCGAGCAGAAGCCUGUGACAAAACUAACAUCGUCGACCGUGAAAUCGGGAUAAUAUCUAACUUUGUUAGUUGUAAUCAAAAUACGAUACCGCGCACAUAUUUUCAAAUUGUUUACGAAAUGACAUUAUGCAUAAAAUGACGUAUUAAAUGCUGCUGUAAUUCCAAUGAAUCCUGUGCGAUAUAUGAGCUGUUGUAUCGAGCCAAGAUUUUUUAGUGCUUCAAACGUGCAAACACUUUGUAAGACUUCACGACAAGGUUAUUCUACAAACCAAAUCCAAACUGUCCACCCGUAAUACAAAAUGUUUUGUGAUAAUAUGUGAAUAGUAUAAUCGUAGAGCGGUUAUGAGAUUAGGGAUAAGAGUAUCAUGAUUGAUUUUCUUUUAACCUCAUUGAUAUAAUAGGAUCUAUGACAACGAAAAGAAACGUCUAGUUCACCUGGGACUCAUCUAACUGCUGCCUUGUCAUAUUCAUAUGUGUUGUGAAUAUAAUUAGUCAUUUUUAUGCAGCUACGAAAACUCCUUUAACAUUUGAAUUGUAAGCGUGUACAAUUUGAAACAUACGCUAACGGAUUCUAUUAACGAAUUGAUAAAAUUUAAUGAUAAAGAUCAUUGACAGGCCACAUAAAAGACUAAUAUCAUCUAAAUAGGGGGGAAUUAAAUAUAUGUAGUGAUACACAGAUGAAAUGAAAUGAAUAGAUUUUCAAGAAACUUUCUUUUCUCAUAUUGAGAAAAUUUCUUAGGGCAAAUUACCAUCUUUAGUUGUUCACGAAACGUUUAGACACACAGGCUCAUUUGUAAUACGCAUGUAUAUGAGUGUAAAUUAGAUAUGGAAACAGAUUUUUUAAAGGUUGAUGAAUACUAUAUAAAUAAUUAUAAAAUAAUGUUCAUAAGCACUUACAAUUUUCAUUACGUCUAUCAUAAAUGCACUUUAUAAACCCAUCAUUUAUUAUUGAAUUUGAAAUUAUACUUCUUUAAAAGUUUUUAAUUCAAUAUUAAUUUUUGAUCAGAUCGCUGUGUAUGUAUGAAUUGGAAUAGAUAAUAUGUAUAACGUGUACAAAUGUUAAUUAAUUUGGUGAUCGAAAUCUUGGAAUAACAAAUUAAAAACAUGAUGUGAUAUACUAAAACUUAUUUCAAUAUUCUUCAUUAUUCCUUCGAGUGAUUUUUACGCCUUCCGCACCUGGUUCUUUCUUCAAAACCGUUGUAUGUUAUUUUGGAUCCACGUACCACUUACCUAGUUAGUAUCUGGUAGGUAGCUUACUUUAUGUUCAAUCUUCAACACGCGAGGUAAAAAAAAUUUGAGGAACGACUUCAUUGAGAAAUAACCAUUAAUUUGUAUUUUUGUUUCAUUAUUUUUUCUCAGUUUUUUUUUUUGUUUUUUUUUUUAACCAGGAAACAAGGUUUCAAAUACAUAGGCAUCGGGUCGGAGAGUAUGGUUUGUAAUCAGGGUUCCUAUUUAUUUAACUUUUACUAUAAAUAAAGUAUCGCACUCACACAUUCA